UAAAUGGUUUCAUGGGGUAACGCUCACACCAGUCGURCGUCUCUUCAGGGUUCAGUAUGCAGAAGGCAUGAAGCUGCCAGCAGAAUUUGAUUCCAGAGAGCAGUGGCCCAACUGUCCCACCCUGAGGGAGAUCAGAGACCAGGGCUCCUGUGGAUCCUGCUGGGCGUUUGGUGCAGCAGAGGCCAUCUCUGACCGUAUCUGCAUUCACACCAAUGGAAAAGUCAGUGUGGAGAUCUCCGCUCAGGAUCUGCUCACCUGCUGCGACAGCUGUGGAAUGGGAUGUAAUGGUGGCUACCCUCCAAAUGCUUGGGACUUCUGGACCACAAAUGGACUGGUGACUGGAGGGCUCUACAACUCUCAUAUUG